AUCCUAAUAAUCAUCUUACAUGGCCAAAAGUUUUAAUUGUGGAUAAAGGCACUGAAUAUCUAGAUGAGUGUAGAGAUUUAUUACUUAGUCAUGGUGUAAAAAUUAUACAAGCUAAAUCUAAACAUAGUACAUCAAUAGCUGAAC